GUAGCUUCAGCCCACUUCAGAUCUGUGGGCUUUGCCUAAACAUCUUACUUGCGUGCAUGCGUAACUUUUAGACAGGGGCACUUGGAUGCUGCAAGAAGUGCUCUCGCGUCUCGUCUUUGAGAUUGUCGGCAGAACACUAUUGAUGUUUAAAUCAGUUUACCAAUAUAGAGUACCCUUUUGGAAUUACGGACACGGAUCUACACAUAAAGUAAGAAAUCAGCGACCACUAUCGCGACCGGUUCUUCCUUGGCCGUGGAGGGGAUAUAUCAACCUGCUGAUCUACAGCAGCGGUAGGUUUCGGCUGCUGUAAUUUUGAAGCAGUCAGCGAUUUUAUACCAGCCUGACAAAGGAGCACUGUAAUUAUGUGAAUAAAAAGUUUAUUUAAACUUUUCAGUCGGUUUGAGCAGUGCAAUUCUCACCACAAAACAGUGGAUCUGUGGACAGUUCACCUUCAACAUAAUUUUUUAAAACAAGACCUCCAUUUGGGAUUUACUGUUAACAGGCGGCUGCCAAGGUGAACAGCAGAGAAUUCCCAAUGCUAUUGUCAGUGCUUUUUGUGAUAACGCUGCUAAGCAGUUGGCAUCAAGGCUCAGAGGCCCAGGCCGUAUCAAUAAAAACGCUACGAUCUUCAAACAUAAGGCGUGAUGACAGCAAUCACCUCACAGACUUGUACCGGAAAGAAGAGACCAUCAUAGUGUCAGAAAGCAGCCACAUCCAGAGCCCUCGCUACCCCAACAGCUACCCCCGAAACCUGCUGCUCUCCUGGAAGCUCCUCUCUCCAGUGAACACUCGCAUACAGCUGGAUUUCGACAGUCACUUUGGCCUGGAAGAGCCAGAGAAUGACAUCUGCAGAUACGACUUUGUGGAAGUGGAGGACAUAUCUGAGACCAGCACUAUCAUUUGGGGGAGAUGGUGCGGGCACAAAGAAGCUCCUCCCAGAUUAACUUCCAAAACCAACACCAUCAAGGUCACGUUCAAAUCAGAUGACUACUUUGUGGCCAAACCAGGAUUCAAGCUCUACUAUUCUCUUGUGGACGACUCCCAGCCCGCGGCAUCAGAAACAAAUUGGGAAGCAGUCACCAUCUCCGUCUCGGGUCCGGCCGCGUUCCCUCCAUCGGUGACCGACACGCCGCUGACCGCGGCGGCUCUGGACCACACCAUCGCAGCGUUCGACACGGUGGAGGAGCUCCUCAAGCACCUUAACCCAGACUCCUGGCAGGACGACCUGGACAGCCUGUACAAGGAGACCGGACACUACCAGCCCAGAACCUUCCACCAUGACCGCAAGCACAAGAUUGAUCUGGACCGGCUGAACGAGGAUGUGAAACGCUACAGCUGCACCCCCCGAAACUUCUCUGUAAACCUGCGGGAGGAGCUGAGGGCCACCAACUCUGUAUUUUUCCCACGAUGCCUCCUGGCGCUGCGCUGCGGGGGAAACUGCGCUUGUGGGACAGAGGACUGGCACUCCUGUUCCUGCAACCCUGGCAAGACUAGCGAAAAGCUAUACGAGGUGCUGAAGUUUUCUCCUGAGCCCGGUUACUACAGGAGGAGGACCCGGGCCCGCUGGGUCCUGGAGGAGGUGCAGAUCCAGCACCACGAGCGCUGUGAUUGCAUUUGCCAUUCCCGACCCCCGCGAUGAGAGGGGCAUGCUGGGAGAUGGCGCCCAGGACCUUUGUCUUGUCUUUUUUUUUUUUCCUUAAGAGCUUCUCCCUCGUCUCUCUUUCCAGCAAGAGCCAUCACUCUCUCUCUCUCUCUUUCUCUCUCUCUUCAGCGAAGUGAAUUACUGCCCCCCAGCUUAAGCCACAGCUUUCCUUAACCCUGUGAGGUCUGGGUGGAACGUGUCAGUGUGUAUAGACCCAUAUGUAUGCGUGUGUAUGUGUUUACCUCUAUUUUCUUCUUAAAGAGUAAUGCUAUAUCAGUAUAUAUCAAAAAUAGUAAGACAGUCUCAAAAAAUAAUCAAACAACAAGAGUAAGAAAAUCAUCCAGGGUCUAUCCAUGGUUCUAAGGAAAACAGUAUUAUUUAUUUGAUUUUCUUUCACUUUCUUUUAAAAUGUGUAAUAAUGUGCUUUUGUUUACUGUGCCUUUCCCCUCUUCUUUCCUUGUUUUGACUGGGUCAGUCUCAUGGGUCUCUGGGUCAAACCACAGUAAAAUUGUUAAAGACCGAGAACCGGUUAAAGACAUAGUCCUUAGACACGUCCCUUCAUAUCCUCUCAUUGGGGUUUGUUUUGCCAGGAAAACAGAUUUUACCAGUCUAUUUAUAUUCGUUACUGUAUUGUAUGGUGACUGAAUCCACCUUACCACAAAUAUUUUGCCCACAGCUUUUACAAGAAAUAGGGGUCAGAGUAAUUUAUUUUCCGUUUAGAAAUGCUUAUGGAAUUUGGUGGUACCUCCAGCCUGACUGGCCCAUCGCUGGCUAACAUCAAACCCAGGGAACGUAGGCGGGGACUUCAUCAUAUUCCUCCCUUCUGAGAACCACAGUGAGAUGAGCAGCUUAAAAGAAAACUGAAUGUUGAGCACUUAAAUACACCCAUAUUCAGACAACAAUGCCUGAAGACCUGUCACCCAAGAAGGGUGUUUUUGCAUCUCGGUGUACUUUUCCCUCCUCUCAAAGCCAAAAAAAAAAUAAAUGUAAUGAGAAAAGUCCAGUAAUCUGUUAAUUGUAAACCUUUUAAAAGGAUGCUUUGAUUAAACUUUAUAGGGAGUGAAAUUACAGACAGUUUUUCUAUCCCAAAAGAAGCUCUAAUAAGCUAGCUGUCGAGGGGUUCCCUGUAGCUGAAUUGCAAUUGAUUCUCAAUCCAAUAUUAUGGCCGAGCUGGCAUCCGCCUCCUCUGCAUAAGCAGGCUAACUCUACUAACGAAGAAGAUUGCCAAUAUCAAAAUGUCCCAUCACAACACUUACUUGACUCGACUACUGUGUGUAUUAAGAGGAAAAAGAUAAAAACUGUGAAAGCUGUAAAAUGGUAUCGCCUUCCUCCCGACAUCCUUGCCACAUACCUGUCAAUUUUUUCAGCAAAUGAGCUGGAAAUUGAACCUUUCUUAAUUGGGUUUAAUUCCCCCAUUGUAGAAAGCAGCUUCUGUGUUUCAAAAAUCGAAUGAUCAAGUAGUACCCAGGCCUCACUUCCACAUAAGGCAGUUUAUUUCUAGCAUUUACUGCCAACAGUCGAUCCAGAGGGUGUGGAACAUUUCUUUGGUGUCAUAUUUAAAUCGCAUGCUAUCAGUUUGUUGAUGUCAAGUAAUGUUACAUUGUUUCUGCAUUGAACAGUUUCCAACAUGCGAUGCUUGCCCAAAUUUGUAAGACUCCUUUCCUGGACUCUAUCCACUAGCACAACUUCUAACAAGCCCGAUCAAUUGUUAGCUAUGUAAUAUAAUGGUUUGAUAAAUUAGCAUAGCUAAUAAAAAAUAAUGUAUGACAAGAUUUGCUAUUAAAAAAAAACUAAACAUUUUGCCAAAUCAAUUACGACAGCAAAGUUUGCUUAUUGCUAACACUAACUAGACAUUUUAAAAAUUGAAACUGCCUAGAGGGAAAUUAGAUUACUAUCUUCUACUAGCUUCCCAAGUUAGUGCUCUGGGUAAUGAGUUAAUACUGUGUAUUUAACAUAUGGGCAGACAACCAGGCUAAAACUGACAACUUUUCGAGCAAACAACAUUUGUUCCUAGGUUCAAUGCAUCUCGUGUAGUAACAAACUAGAACUUACAGUUCCUCAUAUUUAUGAUUUACGGUGAUGUGACCUAGUAAUAAUGUUCUGGCCGUACACAUGAGAGUGAAGAAAACAUGACUCAUGACUUGAAUCCUUUCUGCAGUUCAGUGGUCCUGCUUUUCAGCUCCACACGUUUUUUGGCCUUGUGGUUCUUAUUUGCAGCAUAUCUGCACGUUGGGACCCGGUUCAAUUCAGAAACUACAUCACAUACCCUGAGGUCAUGCAUCUUGUGGGCAGUAAAUGGAUGUAAUUUGUGAAACCCAACACAUUUCUGACACAUGAGGAGACAGAGGGGACUAGGCUGUAACUGAAAUGCACGUGAAGGCUGUGUACGAGCGGCUCCAGUGCCCUCCAGGCUCAUAUCAGCCCCGGCAUUUGCAUUCUGAACACAGUGAAAGGAGCAGGUGGAGGCAGUCUCUCCAUGUAAAAGGCCUGAGCCUGAGACAGCAGGGGUCCAUGUGACGACCAAUGCUGUAAUGAAACCACUCAAUUACAUUUUAUUUAUCUAGCUCUUUUUACAAAGGGUUUGUAAUACACUCAGUGAGCACUUUAUUAGGUAUUUAUUAGACUUAAUUUUUAUACGUAUUGGUCUUCUGCAGCUGUAGCCCAUCCACUUAAGUGAUUUGACGCAUUGUGUGUUGCUCUUCUGCAUACCACUGUUGCAAUGUGUGGCUAUUUGCGUUACUGUCACCUUCCUGUCAGCUUUGACAAGUCUGGCCCUUCUCUGACCUCUCUCAUUAACAAAGCGUUUUUGCCGGCAGAACGGUUGCUCACUGGAUGUUUUUUUGUUUUUCGCACCAUUCUCAAACCAAACUCACGGAGACUGUUGUGCAUGGAAAACCCAGGAGAGCGGUUUGAGAUGCUCAAACCACUCUGUCUGGCCCCAACAAUCAUUUGAUGAUGAAAGUCACUUAGAUCUAAUUUCUUUGGUCUGAAAAACAGCUAAACCUCCACAUAAUUCCUGCCACAUAAUUGGCUGAUUAAAUAUUUGCAUUAACAAGCUGGUGUACAGGUUUACCUAAUAAAGUGGUCACUAAGUGUAUUUCAGUUUCCCCUGGCCUGAACCCCCACCCCAACUCAGUAUGGGGCAUUCUCUUCUGCCUGGUUUACAGUGCGGGUUCGCAAAUACAUGAUCUGUCAGUUUCAGUUAGGGGAUAGGAGGCAUCUGCAGGUGGUGGUCCAAGGGUGGCAGUCUGGAGAGGUGGGCAUGCGGGGGUCAGACAGCAGGCUACAGGCGGCUGAGAAAGGGGGUAAAAGAGUUAGGGAAGGGCUACGGGUAGAGAACAAAGAUGCAGAGAGACGAGAGAAUAGAGUGGGCAGGGGCUUACUGUCAGGGGCUUACUAUGGCAGCGUAAGUACUUGGACUGAGACAGGAACCCACACAGUCAUGGAAAAAGGCAAGAAUCCUACCUACCCCCAAGUGCCUGCUUGUGAAAAAGCAGUUACAACUAUUGAGAGGGGACAGUAAGUAAACUGUAUCGCCCCAAACCAUCAUCAAGCAGUCUGAUGGGCCAGUAAAAGUUUAUGGGAAUAAUGGUGUGGCCUUCCACAGAGCUUCUCGAUAUGAAGUCCCUGAAUAUGUCUGAUCAUGCUAGCCUCAGCAUUGAGAGAAAUUCCAGAGAAAUUUGGGAAGUCUGUGCAACACUGAUAUGCCUGAAAACAGGCCGGAUCCAUACUUUUUGAUCAGGAUGAGGAAGAGUAGACUCGCAAGUUCAUGACAGGAAACACAUUUUAAGACAAAAAAAAAAAAGUUAAUGAGCUGGCUUUCAAGUGUUCCUACAAAACUGCAACCCUUCCCAUGCAAAGACAGAGCGCAGUGUACAUACAGUAUGUAUAUAGUAUAUUUACAUGGAGAAUUGGGUGCAGAUUAGAAAACCUGUCAGUACUGGUUGCCUCCCACAGAAUGCCAAAGUCAGAUGCCUUUAAAAGAAUGUUUUCCUUGUCUGCAGUUCACACAAAGGCAUUGCAGGGGAUAUGUUUCUGUGUUUUUCUUUUUUAUUUGCCUUUUUAUAUCAUUUUUGUUCUGUAUCAAACUGUGUAAAUAAAAUAUCUAUGCCUUGGUUGUCCAAACAAAA